AUGUCCUCCAGAGAGGGCCGGGUUGUUAUGACUCUCUGGAGACUUUUCCAAUCUGCCUCUGUACAGUUAAGAAUCCAGCCUUCUGUUAGACAGCCUUCUGCCCCAGUCUUCUGCCCACCAGCCUUCUACCCCCCAGUCUUCUGCCCACCAGCCUUCUACCCCAGCCUUCUGCCCACCAGCCUUCUACCCCCCAGCCUUCUGUCCCAGCCUUCUGCCCUAGCCUUCUGCCCACCAGCCUUCUGCCCACCAGCCUUCUACCCCCCAGCCUUCUGUCCCAGCCUUUUGCCCCAGCCUUCUGUCCCAGCCUUCUGCCCCCCAGCCUUCUACCCCAGCCUUUUGCCCCCUAGCCUUCUGCCCCAGCCUUCUAUCCCAGCCCUCUGCCUCCCAGCCUUCUACCCCAGCCUUUUGCCCCCUAGCCUUCUGCCCCAGCCUUCUACCCCAGCCUUCUCCUUCUGCCCCAGCCUUCUGCCCCAGCCUUCUGUCCCAGCCUUCUGCCCCCCAGCCUUCUACCCCAGCCUUCUGCCCCCCAGCCUUCUACCCCAGCCUUCUGCCCCCCAGCCUUCUACCCCAGCCUUUUGCCCCCUAGCUUUCUGCCCCAGCCUUCUAUCCCAGCCCUCUGCCUCCCAGCCUUCUACCCCAGCCUUUUGCCCCCUAGCCUUCUGCCCCAGCCUUCUACCCCAGCCUUCUGUCCCAGCCUUCUACCCCAGCCUUUUGCCCCCUAGCCUUCUGCCCCAGCCUUCUGCCCCAGCCUUCUGUCCCAGCCUUCUGCCCCCCAGCCUUCUACCCCAGCCUUCUGCCCCCCAGCCUUCUACCCCAGCCUUUUGCCCACCAGUGGGAGCCUGGACCUCCUUGGUCAUCAAAGGUUUCCUGUUUGGGAAAACUCUGUGUUUGGUGGUUAUGUUUUCAAUCCUUAUAUAG